UGGUGCCUACAAUGCCAAACAGAUUGUGCCAAAUCGCGCUGUGAACCGCGUUAUCAAUCUGAUCCGAGGGUUGGUUGUUGCGGAAAGUGACUUACGAGUUACGAAGACAAAAGCGACCGCAGUUUAAUCAAAAAAAAAACCGGGGAUUGAAAAAGGAGUAAAAAUGGUGGUGAGGAUUCGUUUAUCUAGAUUUGGGUGCAAAAAUAAACCCUUUUAUAGAGUUAUGGCGGCUAAUAGCAGGUCCCCUAGAGAUGGCAAACACCUUGAAGUUCUGGGUUAUUAUAACCCUCUUCCAGGUCAAGAUGGGCAAAAGAGGAUGGGGCUUAAUUUUGAUAGAGUAAAGUAUUGGCUUUCAGUUGGAGCCCAGCCCUCUGAUCCAGUCCAACGAAUUCUAUUUAGAGCUGGGUUGCUGCCUCCUCCACCUAUGCUGGCAAUGGGACGUAAAGGUGGGCCACGUGAUACUCGGCCUGUUGACCCCUUGACUGGACGCGUUUUGACUCCAGGAAAUCCAAGUAACUCCAAGGAUUCCGAUAUUCCCAACAUUGAAGAUGCAGUAAUAGUUGACACCGCAACAACUUCAUAAGGCACCUUUUCAUUAUUUGGUUUUGAAGCAGACCCCUUGGCUCUUGUAGUUCGUAGAAAAGUUUAUGUUUACCUGUGGCUGUACUUAGAUGAGUUUGAUACUCUUGGGAUCGUAUCACGGCCUGUUUCUAGACUCGUUGAAAAUAGGACAAUAUCGUAUAAGUACUUAUCAAUGCCCAUUUGUAUCCGAUAACAUGUGACUGAAGCGAAGGAUUUCAGCUUCUUGUCAAUUUUAUGCUCUGAAGAUUGAUUAUUUUGUUGUUAAUUGUAAUACUCAUCUGACUGUGUAUUCCUUUGAUUAAAGAAGAAUACAGUACAACCCGAAUUUGAUAAGUUGUGAACUUGUCAAAAGUUGGGACAUGUAUGUCCA